AUGGCAGCCAAGUUUAUCCCGCGCCAGGCUUUCCCCAACUAUGGGUCCAUCCCGAGGUCCUAUUUCCUGGGCCACCAUAGGGCCGGCCUGAAGAAGAUGCAGAACAUGCUCUCUUCCAUUGAUUAUGUAGUCGAGUGUCGAGAUUACAGAGUUCCUGUUACUUCUAUCAACCCCAUGUUCGAAGAAGCACUGGGAAAGACACGGCGGUUGACCGUCUAUACAAAGAGAGAUCUGGGUGCUACAGCGGGAUCGAAUGCGCAGAAAUUGGCAGAAAAAACCAUUCGAACCUUCAAUAAGAACGGCGCUACAUUCUUCGUGAGCUCGUCCUCUCGGGCAGAUGUGGGCACAAUCCUAAAACACCUGCGGGACGAUGCAGAAGGACCGGACAAGCUUGUUGGAUGCCGGGUGAUGAUUGUUGGUAUGCCUAAUGUGGGCAAGUCGACGCUCAUCAAUCACCUGCGUAAUCAGGGUGUUGGGAAAGCUAAGGCGGUGCGGACCGGUGGCCAGCCAGGUAUCACAAGAAAGAUCGGGACACCCGUGAAGAUCAUCGAACGAGAAGGUGGCUCACAUGUCUACGUCUUGGAUACCCCUGGAGUAUUCAUGCCAUACGUGCCAGACGCGGAGAACAUGUUAAAGCUAGCCCUGUGCGGCUGCGUCAAGGACUCGGUCAUUUCCCCGGUCACGCUAGCCGACUACCUAUUAUAUCACAUCAACCUGAAUGACGCCGAGGUAUAUAAGCGAUGGUCUGAGCCAACAAACGAGAUUUUACCUCUGUUGAACAACUUUGCCCGACAUGCUGGUCUCUUGGCCAAGGGCGGAAUUCCAAACACCGACCUGGCAGCACUACACUUCAUACAAAAGUGGCGUGCCGGCGACCUGGGCAGGUUUAUGCUUGAUGAUCUGAAGGAGGAAGAGCGCCGUCUGCAAGAAGGCGGAGAACGAGAGAUACCCACCAGCUAUACUCAGGCCUUGAAGGCUGAGAAGCUGGGCAGAAAGCAACCCAAGCUGUAA